AUGGUCAACGCAAGCUACUUGUUUACCCUGCUGGCAGCCACAGCUGCCGUAGCCAGCCCCAUCGCAGAGCCUAUUGAGGCCGACUCCCUUGAGGCCCGCGCUGGCCAGAUUUAUACAUGCAAGAAGGGUGACAAAAACGAUGGAGCUUUGAUCGGCAAGGUACCCCAAGACAAGGCCAUUGGCUACUUCCGCGAGGCCAAGACGAAGUCAGGCAAGAGCGGGUAUCCCAAGAAAUUCGACAACAAAGGAAAGGUCAUGAGCUUCGCGUCUGGCUGCACUGGAAAGGAGGUCUGGGAGUUGCCAGUCCUCAACAACGGAGUCAGAUACGACUACGACAAGGGCAAAGACGGCAACAACCCCGGGCCCAUGCGUGUCUACUACGCGGCCGACCUCACUUUCUGCGCUAUCGGCAGCAAGUCAAAGGAUGACAACUCCGGCCCGCCUCACAACUGCAAGGUCUAA